CGCAGACCGGCGGCCCCAUGGGCCGGGGCACGGAGACGUGGAGGGGGCAGAAGGCGGACCUGGGACGUCACCGGGAGUGGCAGGAGGUGCUGGAGGUCCAGAGCGUCAUCCAGAAGCUGACCGCGGAGAUCGGAGCCAGGGACCUGCGCUUCCAAGCCGUCUCCGACUCCGGCGCCCGGAACGAAGCCGUCCAGGUCCUGUCCCCGAGCCAACUCCUGGUCCCGGUGCCCCUCCACGGCCUGGCCGGGUACCGGGAUCGCCGGUCCCGUCGUUGGCGCUAUUACGGCCUGCAAGGGCAGCGCCUGCCCACCCCUCUGCGGGAUCCGGAUUCCCGGCAGCAGUGGCUGGCCACGGACCAGUUCUCCAAGAGCCUGUGUCAGUGGCACGACGCCGACGUGAACGUGGAAGGGGACAUCGUGCCCGCCAAGGUCUUGGCCGUGCUCCGGGGCCUGCUGGAGGGCGCCAUCCCCGCCUGUGACCUUGCCGGCCGGGUCAGCCUCCUGGAGAGCCUGGACCAGACGGUGCGCGUGGCCGUGGAGACGGCGGGCUCCCCGGUGGAGGUGGAGCUGGUGCCGACGCUCGAGGUCCCCACCUCCUGGCCCCGGAGGGCCCGCUGGCCACGGUGUCUGAAGCGCUGGCCGGCCGCGGACAGGGUGGACUGCAUCAAGUCUCUGGGCUUCGCCCUGAUGGCCCGUUCCCGGUACCACUGGCAGCUGAGUUUCGGGCGGGCGGAGAGCCUGCUGAUGGAAGGGCUGGACGAAGAUGGCGGCUGCCGGGAGAAGUGCUUCCAGGUCAUGAAGCAGCUGAAGGAGGGCCACUGGUGCCCCGAGACCAGACCCGUCAUCACCACGCACCACCUUCAGACGGUGCUGUUUUGGACCUGCGAGAAGUACCCGCGGGCACGGCACUGGCGCGUGUUCCGGGAGGCGUUCCUGAGGCUGGCACGUAGGCUUCACAAGUGCCUGAGGCAGCGCUUCCUGAAGCACUACUUCCUGCCGGGACACAACCUGUUCCAGUUCUGCAGCCCCGGCGACUUAGACGCCGUGGCCUGGCGUCUCGGCCUCUUCCUGGAAGAUCCCACGCUAGGCCUGGAAUGAAGGCCCCCCCCCCCCCCCCGCCCCGG